AUGCCAUAUAUGCCCGCCUCCUCCUCGUCUCCGGAACCGCAGCAUCGCUGCAUCACCCGCUGCCUCGCCGCCCUCCCACCCCACGCUCCCCCCCGUCGCCAGCUCUACCGCUCCAUGGCCGCCUCUCAAACUCUCCUCGCGCAAAUCUACGACUCUGGCGCCCCCUUAUUCACCAGAGCCGCGCUCGCCGACCUCGCCGCACAAAUCGACGCCGCCGUCGCCGACCCUACGCAGCAGCCCAUGCGCGUGACGGGCCUAGACGGCAAAGUCGUUGCGUUUCCGCUGCUGACUGGCCGCGCGCACCACAUUGACGAUGCGCACAUUUGCGUCCUAAACGCCGCACGCCUCCUCGACGCCUGCCGCGACGACACCCUAUAUCACCCUAUACGCGCCCAUCUCCCUCUCGAAAUCGCACACAUUGUCGAGAAGCGACUCGCCGUCCCGCCGCCGCCGCCGCGCCGCUUCCUAGACGACCGCUUGCCCGUCGCCGCCGCCGCCGACGACGACGAAAACGACGCCAACUCGCUGCGCCUCCGCCUGCACACGUGCCGGGCACGCUCGCCGCACCACACCCUGUUGCGCGCGCUCCUCUCCGCGUUGCCGCCGCGAAUUCGCAACAUUGUGGCGCUCGCGUGCGGUAGGCCCAAGACGAUGAUGACAACAGCAAUGGCCGGACGUCGUAGCGUCACGCAGCACGCGCUGAUGCUGGCGCUGCGGGACGUGCUCGGCGGCGGCGUCGGCGGCGGAGUAGCGUGCGUGGCGCAGGACGCGGGCUACUACACGGUGAUCGACAAGACUGUUCUGGAGGGGGAGCGGGUCGCGGUGGUUGAUGACCCGCGCGGCUAUCUCGAGGUUGGCGACGAGACCGUCGUGGUGGCCGUGUGGCCGGGCAAUGUUCCCGUCUGGGAUGUGGUGUGCGAUGUGGCGCGGCCGGCGGUGUUGGUGUGGCAUCAAGACGCGGAGCGGCCAGGCAAUCAAGGUGAAUGUGGUGAUCCGGCUUCGUCGCGGGUCAGAAACAUGCUUCGCGACGACUAUGUUAAAGUGUCUACCCCGCCAGAGAAUGACUGGCUUGACGAGGUGGCAAUCUACAUCAGAAAAGAAAAGUAG